GGCACCCCUGUCAUCAAUGCCGAAGCGCGUCGUGAACUUCGCGAUUCAGAAGGAGCUCCAAACUGGGGAAGCAGCCACGACCACAGCUCUUCGCCCCGCCAAAACGACCGUCCCUCAUCCAACGUCGGCCCAGUCGCCCUUUCCAGUCAUCACCCCCCAAGCCCGUCGCUGCCCCAGCCCCCCGCCAUGGGCUCCCGAUUACACAAUGCUCCCAUUGUGAUAGACAAUGGCAGUGGUACGAUCAGAGCUGGAUUCGCAGGAGAGGAUGUGCCAAAAUGCUUUUUCCCGUCAUACGUAGGACGGCCAAAGCAUGUGCGGACAAUGGCAGGCGCAUUGGAAGGCGAUGUAUUCAUAGGACCACAAGCACAACAAUACAGGGGGCUUUUCAAAAUCAACUACCCAUUGGAGCACGGCAUUGUUACAGACUGGGAUGACAUGGAGCGGAUAUGGCAGUACGUCUACACCGAAGGCCUCAGGACUGUCAGCGAAGAUCACCCCGUACUCCUUACAGAGCCUCCUCUAAACCCCCGAGAGAACCGCGAUACGGCUGCCCAGAUCCUGUUCGAGACGUUUAAUGUGCCCGCCUUGUAUACUUCAGUCCAAGCUGUCCUGUCACUAUACGCUUCCGGCAAGACGACUGGUCUUGUUCUAGACUCGGGAGAUGGUGUCUCGCACGCAGUACCCGUCUUCCAAGGCUUCGCCAUACCCAACAGCAUCAGGAGGAUAGACGUGGCUGGCAGAGAUGUUACAGAACACUUCCAACAACUACUGCGGAAAAGCGGUCGCAUCUUCCAUACAAGUGCUGAGAAGGAGACAGUCAAGAAUAUCAAAGAGGCAACAGGAUACGUGGCGCUCGACCCGGCCAAGGAAGAAAAGGACUGGUCAGGCUCGUCCAGAUCCGAGGGCAAGAGCGUCGACUAUACACUACCUGAUGGCCAGAAGAUAAAGAUCGGAGCGGAACGCUUCCGAGCCCCCGAAAUACUCUUCAACCCCGAGAUCAUCGGUCUGGAGUACCCUGGAGUGCACCAGAUUGUUGUUGAGGCGAUACACAGGACCGACAUGGACCUCCGGAAAGCGCUAUACGGCAACAUUGUACUCUCCGGUGGUUCCACAUUGACAAAGGGGUUCGGAAACAGACUGCUCCACGAGGUGCAAAGACUGGCGGUGAAGGACAUGAGAAUCAAAAUCUUAGCACCACCAGAGCGCAUCUACACCACGUGGACCGGUGGCAGCAUUCUUGCGGGCCUCAGCACUUUCAAGAAGAUGUGGGUAGAGAAGGACGAAUGGCAGGAAAACCCAGACAUCAUCCACACCAAAUUUGCAUAA